AUGGAACGGUACUUUAAGAGAAAGAGUUUAAAUCCUCAUUCAAAUAAUCUGGCUAGUUCCAACCCUCCUUCACAUAAUCCGGCUAGUUCAAAUCCUCCUUCAAAUAAUCCGGCUAAUUCACAUCCUCCCUUGAAUAAUUCGAAUAGUCCAAAACAGUCGGAGGUCACUGAGUUGGAUGAAAUAUUGGCUAAUCUUCCUACAGACCCUGGACUUAGACCUCCAAUGACUUAUUAUAAUCCCAAUUUUCAAGAACAAAUCCGAAGAGCAUUGGACGCUUUGUUUGCUAUCCGUCGAAUCCAGUUCCAGGGAACUCUGGAUAAACUAGGAUUUUCAAGUAAGACAUGA